AUGAGGUGGAUUCCCAAAGAAGACGUCUUCACCUAUACCUUUGCAAUGCGAAAUGACUUGCAACCAAUCCUCAACGAAGCCCACAUCCCAACAAAACGCGAAGUACUGAAAGUCGUCAUGAGUUUAUUUGAUCCAAUGGGUUUUGUAUCGUACUUCCUAGUGCAUGGAAAGGUGCUGAUGCAGAACAUCUGGGCAACAGGAAUCGAUUGGGAUGAAGCGGUGAACGAGGAACUGUACGAUCGUUGGCGACAUUGGAUUGGUUAUUUUCCCCAGCUGGAUACCUUGCGAAUUCCACGGUGCUACUUUCAAACGCCAUUUCCGGACAAUUUUGAUCAGCUAGAGCUCCAUGUAUUCGUCGAUGCCAGUGAUUCUGCCUACGCUUGUGUAGCGUACUACCGGCUUCCAACUCAAUCCGGCAUACAGGUGGCCUUCAUUAGCGCAAAGACGAAGGUUGCACCUCUCAAGGUUCUUUCAAUCCCUCGUCUAGAAUUGAAGGCUGCUGUCCUUGGAAUCAACCUUCUUGAGGCUAUCCAAGGUUAUCACACCUAUCCCAUAAGUCGACGAGUUUUUUGGAGUGACUCCAGUACAGUACUAGCCUGGAUUCGAUCAGACCACCAUCGUUACAACAAAUUCGUUGCCGUUCGCAUCGGUGAAAUUCUCACAGCAACUGAUGCACGCGAGUGGCGAUGGGUCCCCUCUGAAAUGAACACUGCCGACCUCGCUACCAAAUGGAAGAAUGGCCCCAACUUCCUACCAACUAAUCCAUGGUUUUGUGGUCCGGCGUUUCUUCACCAACCUGAGGAAUGCUGGCCUCAACCAUCCCAGGCCAGUCCAACUAAAGAAGAACUUCGAUCAAGUCACACUCAUUACACAGCUCCUCAGUUAAUUGACGUAUCCAGAUUCAGCCGGUGGACGACGCUACAGCGAACAAUGGCUUUCGUGUUCCGAUUCAUCAACAACCUGCGCCGUAAAAGAUGUGGAUCCAAGCUGGAACUGGGCGUCUUCGAUCAGCACGAAUUAAAACGUUCAGAAGAAGCACUAUGGAAGGUAGCCCAAGCUGAAGCCUUCCCAGAAGAAAUCACCAUUCUUUCUGGGUCACAAGGGUCUCCCGAAGCGCGACACGACCGUGUUGCCAAGUCAAGUUCGAUCUACAAGAACUGGCCAUAUCUCGACGAGCGUGGGAUACUUCGGAUGCGUGGUCGAAUCGGUGUCGCAUCCUUUGCACCGACCGAAGCUAAGUACCCCGCCAUCCUUCCCAGGCAACACCUAAUUACGUUUCUUCUUACAGACUGGUACCACCGCCGUUUCCGUCACGCCAACCGAGAGACUGUAACCAACGAAAUGCGUCAACGUUUCGAAAUCGCCAAGCUUCGUGCUUUGAUCGCGAAGGUGUCGAAGACCUGCAUGAUUUGUCGACUGAGAAAAGCCAUGCCCAGUCCUCCCGCAAUGUCACCGCUUCCGAAAGCCAGGCUACAACCGUUCGUCCGACCAUUUACCUACGUCGGAUUGGAUUACUUCGGACCUGUAAUGGUGAAAGUAGGUAGAAGUCAGGUGAAAAGAUGGGUAGCCCUAUUUACCUGCCUCACUAUUCGUGCCGUGCACUUGGAGGUCGUGCACAGUUUAUCGACGGAAUCGUGCAUCAUGGCAGUGCGCCGUUUCAUCGCACGUCGUGGUUCCCCUGCUGAGUUCUACUCGGACAACGGAACAUGUUUUCAAGGCGCUAGCAGAGAGCUAAAAAGGGAAGAAGUACAGGCAAGGAACAACGCUCUAGCUACUACGUUCACGAAUGCGAAUACUCAAUGGAGAUUCAUUCCACCAGCGGCUCCACAUAUGGGUGGAGCGUGGGAGCGUCUAGUUCGAUCGGUGAAAGUGGCAAUGGGAGCCGUAGCUGACGCUCCUCGCAGACCAAGUGAUGAAGUCCUGGAAACGAUUCUCGUAGAAACCGAAGCGAUGAUCAACACGCGACCGCUCACCUACAUCCCACUCGAAUCGGCAGACCAAGAAGCUCUAACGCCUAACCACUUUCUGCUGGGAUCUUCCAAUGGUGACAAGAUCCGGCCGGACGAACCUAUUAAUAGCCCGGCGGUCCUGCGUAGCAGUUGGAAGCUAGCACAGGCCAUCACCAACGAGUUCUGGUCAAGAUGGGUGAAGGAGUAUCUGCCAGUGAUAACACGAAGAGGAAAAUGGUUCGAAGAAGUUCGGGACAUAGCAAUCGGUGAUCUGGUGUUGGUAGUGAGUGGAACGGUGAGGGACCAGUGGACUCGAGGACGAGUGGAAGAAGUUAUUCCUGGACGGGAUGGACGAGUCCGUCAGGCCUUAGUCCGGACAGCAUCUGGAGUACUGCGACGACCAGCAGUGAAACUAGCGGUUCUCGACGUUUCGGAGAGUAGUAAACCUGAUCAAGGAGAUCCAGUGCAUCAGGAGCAUCACCAGGGUUUACGGGUGGCGGAAUGUCACGACGAGACCCCCCGUCGCAAUUCAACUGUGGUCGGAUGA